AUGUACUCUGUGAACCCAGCUCAAGCCCAUCCAGACCAGAACCUGAUGGCCUUCCAACACAAAUUGGGGAUUGAUUUUUACACUGUAACACCCAUCCUGGAAGGAGAGGAACUUCUGACCUGGGACACUCGUGACAUCUCCAGGAAUAUCCCCUCUCUGCAGUCGAGGGAACUGGCAGAUCAACUAGACUCAAUAGAUUUUCGGUUAGACCACCAGGAUGGUCGACUACCACAGAAUAGCUCCAAAGAAGACCAGAAAUGCACAUCGUUUUCCAUGAAAAGGGGCAAAAAUGGUGAAAGGGAAGAAAGCAUUGAUGCUGAAGAACUAGAACAAGGCAUGCCACAAAGGAGGACAUCAGGAAAUCAAAAUGUGGGUUCAAGGACAGAGGCACCAUUCAUGGACACAGUCAAAGAGCAUCCCACAAUGCUCAACUCUUCUCACAAUGCAUCUAGGGAGGAAGUGGCCUAUGAGAGAUCUGUACUUCCACACCAAAGCAACAUGGCUCCAGAAAAACAGUAUGGCCCCAAUUACUACCCAUACAGCCCAACUACUUCACAACAGAAGAAGCUUCAUCUUCAUCUCAGCAACCUCUAUUCUUCCUACUCAGGGUGCCCACCAAUGGGCAGCAUGCCCCAAAACUACCAUUAUGCUCAUAGUGCCAUCACUACCCACUACCCCAGGUUCGCAAUGAUCCCUCAAACCUUCUCCUUUCCAUCAGGACUGCCACUGACCAAUCUUGGAGAAAUUACACCUUUACACUUAUUCAGCCAGAAUGUCCUAGAGAAACAAAGAUGUCCAUAUCCUGGGAUGUAUCGAACUGUUUACCUACCCAGCUUGCCGCAAGAUUCCAAUAGAUCACAGAAUCCCUUUUCCUCUCUUCACACCUUUCCAUCUGUGGGCUCUUCCAAUGGAUACCCCACCCAUUCAUGUGACUCUGUAGUCCAGCAAGUGAGGACAACCUCUCAAUUUCUCCACCAGGCUGAGGUUGAGAAUCUCAGUAUGCCAAAGACCUGCCCAUCAGCAUCUCAAGAAAGGAGCACCUCCACGCCAUAUCCUCUGAAGAGGAAGAAUGGCAAAAUCGAAUAUGAGUGCAACAUCUGUGCCAAGAGCUUUGGGCAGCUUUCCAACCUGACGGUCCACCUGAGAAUACAUAGCGGCGAGAGGCCUUUUCAGUGCUGGAUUUGUAAAAAACGCUUCACCCAACUGGCUCACCUGCGAAAGCACCAUCUGGUACAUACAGGCGAAAAGCCACACAAAUGCCUGGUCUGCAGCAAAGGUUUCAGCAGCUCCAGCAACCUUAAAACCCACAUGCGCCUCCAUUCGGGGCUGAAGCCCUACGCAUGCUGCUUAUGCAAUAACCGCUUCACCCAGCAUGCCCACCUCAAGCUACACCAGCAUCUUCACGGACGCCGACACCGGCACCAGUGCCCCAGCUGCCUCAAGACCUACAUCCACCUGGUUAGCUUGGAGGUCCACCGCAAAGGAUAUUGCCCACUUGCUCCAGUUGCCAACUGCUCCACUGCCCAGUUCUGCUACUUCAGCAACAUGAUCGACCGCUUUGACCUCACUCUGGAUGCUGAUCGUCUGGAAGAAGGAGAGCCUGACCCUGUCAGGGCUGCUCUGCUACUGGAAGCCAUCCUUUGGAGGGACAUGGUGGCCGCAAGCCAGGACAAAACCUUCUGA